AUGGAUCUCGGGUGUAUUUAUCCAAUCCUUGAUUUUCCUGAGCAUAUCUCAUUUCCCAGACUCAAACACCUGCGACUUGAACAUACUGAGCUUACCAAUCAGUGCUGGAGUGAGAAAAUUUUUUCGAAUUCCCCUGUCCUUGAAGAAUUGAAUCUGGAAAACUGCGGAUUCCGUGACCCGAGUUUCUGUAUAUCAAUUCCUACACUUAAACUUUUGAGAAUUGAUGGUGGUCAUGAUAUACACAAGUGUUCUCUAAAAAUUCAAGCGCCAAAUCUCGUAAGUCUCUACUACACGGGUUAUGUUGCAAAAGAAUACGUCUUGUCUAGUUUUCUUACACUAGAGGAAGCAGUUGUUCACUUGUCUGCUUCAAGACAAAGGGAGGAAGAGACAGGUCAAGUUGAAGCAGUACGACAAUUUUUUAGAGCCCUUACACAUGUUAAAUGUCCAACUGUUAAGAAUCCUUCCUUACAGAGGGAGCCUUCUGUCUAUUUUAGGUAUUUACGCCCUCUAAAAGCGGCAGAACUAGAACUUAUGGUGCAGAUACAAAGUUUUCCAAGAGCCUCAGAAAGUUGCACGUUUCAAAUCCCUCUUGGAAGUCUGUAA